AUGGCAUCUCGCCGCGCUCUGAAAGCGGUUCUCAUUGAUCUGAGUGGGACUCUUCAUAUCGAGGAUGCUGCAGUUCCUGGGGCGCAAGAGGCUUUAGCCCGAUUAAGACAGGCUCCAGUCGCUGUAAAAUUUGUGACCAACACCACAAAGGAAUGUAAGAGGACCCUGUUUGAGCGAUUGCGUCGGUUAAACUUUGACCUCCAGGAGCAGGAGAUCUUCACAUCGCUCACCGCGGCCCGUAAUCUACUGGAGCAGAGAGCAGUGCGCCCCCUACUGCUGGUGGAGGAUAGCGCUCUAGAGGACUUCACAGGUUUGGAAACUUCGGAUCCUAACGCAGUUGUGAUUGGAUUAGCACCUGACCACUUCAACUACCAGACACUCAAUAAAGCCUUUCGACUCAUUUUAGAUGGUGCUCCCCUCAUUGCCAUCCAUAAAGCACGGUACUAUAAAAGGAAGGACGGGUUGGCUUUGGGACCGGGUCCGUUUGUGACGGGUCUUGAGUAUGCGACUGACACCCAGGCCACAGUGGUGGGUAAACCAGAGAAAGCUUUCUUCCUGGAGGCCUUACGAGACCUGAACUGUUGACCGGAGGAGGCUGUGAUGAUAGGAGAUGAUGCCAGAGAUGAAGAUGGUGGGGCACAUAAUGCAGGAAUGCUGGGAAUUUUUGUGAAAACUGGUAAAUACAGACCUGGUGAUGAGGGUAAAAUUAACCCGUCUCCUCACCUGACGUGUGACAGCUUUCCAGAGGCUGUCAAUCAUAUACUUGAACAUCUCUUAGGAUCUAAAUAACCGGACAA